CUAGCUGACGUUAGCUUUAUGGCUAGCUAACAUUUGUGCCUAUACUCGCCGACUUGUCUUUUUUUGAAGUACGUCGACGUCGAAUAAUUGUACUAUCAUGUGAUUGAACUAGUGCAACGUUUUUAGCAUUAACGUUAACUUUUUUUCACUUUUUUGGAAGCCGGUUAAAGUUGACAAGUUUUGCUUGCCUUAACUGAUACUGACUAGUCGUGUGUCUACGCCUUCGUGGCUGUCUGAACACAUGCAGGCUAUAGUGGUCAUCACUCCCGGUCCAAGCCUGAUCGUGAAGAUGGAGAUGAUACUUCCAUGACUUCCUUUGGUGUUGCUAUCCGGGGCCUCCCCCUGGCCUUGGCAUCCAUGACACGAGCUACCACCUCAGACUCACGCUUCCACCCUAAAUGGCGGGCGAUCACUGUGGCGACUCUGCUGGCUGUCGUGCUCAUGUUAUACCUGACAGUAGGGGACAGAGACUUUGCCACCAGAGACUACUACCGCAACAGGGUUCACGGUUUGCAACUACACAGUAAUGACAAGGAUGACAUGUUCUGGGACACUAACAAGCAAACUGUACGAAGCCUCUCCCACCACCAGAGAAGGAAGAAACCUUACAAUGACACGUACCCGUUAAGUCCGCCAGAGAAGACAAAACACGGCAUCCGCUACCGUAUUGGUGCAAUUGCAGAUCUGGACAUGGCGUCGCGUAGCUCUAAGGAUCAGACAUGGUUCAGCUACAUGAAAAGAGGAUACCUGACUGUUUCAGACAGCGCUGACAGACUGGAGUUGGAGUGGGAUGCUGAAACAGUCACACUGGAGAGUCAUCUGGCUGAGAAAGGACGAGGUAUGGAGCUGUCUGAGCUGGUGGCGUUCAACGGUCACUUGUACAGUGUGGACGACCGUACAGGUGUGGUGUACAGGAUCGAGGGCAACCAGGCUGUCCCCUGGGUUAUAUUACCUGAUGGUGACGGCUCAGUCUCCAAAGGAUUCAAGGCAGAGUGGCUGGCAGUGAAGGAUGAGCACCUGUAUGUUGGCGGCCUGGGCAAAGAGUGGACCACGACCUCUGGCAAAUACGUCAACAACCACCCAGAGUGGGUCAAAGUUGUUGGCUACCACGGUGAUGUGCAGCAUGAGAACUGGGUGCCGUUCUACAAUGCCAUGCGGAGCGCAACAGGGAUCCGGCCACCAGGCUACCUUAUCCAUGAAUCGGCAGCGUGGAGCGAGCGUCUCCAGCGCUGGUUCUUCCUCCCUCGCCGUGCCAGCCACGAGCACUACGAAGAGACUGCAGACGAGCGGCGGGCCACCAACCUCCUCCUGUCCUGCACCGCAGAUUUUAGCCACGUAACGGUGCGGCAUGUCGGACCGCUCAACCCAACCCACGGCUUCUCCUCAUUUAAAUUUGUCCCAGACACAGACGAUCAGAUAAUUCUGGCGCUGAAGUCGGAAGAGGAUGCAGGCAGGAUUGCCACCUACAUCAUUGCAUUUACGCUAGACGGUCAGGUGCUGAUGCCUGAGACAAAGAUAGGGAAUGUGAAGUUUGAAGGGUUGGAGUUUAUUUGAGGACAGAGCUGAAGGCGAACAUGUUCCUGAACGCUAAAUAUGCAGGGGUCCUCAA